AUGAUGUCGCAGGGAACUAAGAAAGAAUACUCAAGCCAGGUUAUACCCUUUGGUGAGGGGCACAAAAUCACACUCACCUCACCGAACCUGCGCGUGGAGUUGCUUACCCUGGGCGCCACCGUCUCCUCUGUGCAGUACCGCGUGCCGCAAUUGGCAGGUAAGGACGUUGCUGACAAAGAUGGGUGGGUGAACGUCACCCUCGGCUUCGACGAACCAGAGGAGUUUGUGAAGGACACAGCCUGCGUUGGCCGCACCUGUGGCCGCUACGCGGGUCGAAUUGUCAAUGGUGAAAUUCAACUAGAUGGGAAAACUUUCAAGCUGCUCAAAAACGACGGCGAAAACACGCUGCACGGGGGACCGGAUGGGUUCUCGUCCCGGCCUUGGAAGUACAUCAUGCUUGAGGGAGAAGAGGAGAUUGGCAUUUCCUUUCACCUCAUCUCGCCUCACCUUGACCAGGGAUUCCCCGGGGAGCUGUUCGUCACGGCUACCUACGUCAUUCUGAAGAACCAACCUGCGUCGCUCAAGUGGAAUCUGCAGGCGGUCUUAGCGGACGCCACCCCGGUAAACUCCACGACCGUCAACCUUUGCAAUCACACGUAUUGGAACCUCAACGGGGUACCGGCGGUGCCGCGCCGCCUUCCAGAACCCGUCACAAAUCACUGUCUGCAGCUUCACUCCGGCUACGUGGCCGAGUUGAACGGGACCAUCCCUACCGGUUCCAUGAAGUCAGUGGAAGGGACGCCGCACGACUACAGAAAGAGUCACUCGAUUCUUGCGGGCAUUGAGGCAACGCGGGCUGAGGGUCGCGACCCACCAGGCUACGAUGACCCGGUUGCUCUCGACACGUGGGACUCCCAACUGCAUGAGGCAGCCCGCCUCUUUAGCCCCAAGACUGGCAUCAGCCUGCAGGUGGAUACAACGUCGCCGGCGGUGGUGGUGUACACUGCGAACUACCUGCCAGUGAAUGCCAGUGGGGAGGCAGGUGAGCGGUUCCAGCAGCACAGUGGCAUCUGCUUGGAGACGCAGUACUUCCCCAACUCGCCCCAGAUCCCCAAUUUCCCUAGCACAGUGAUCAAGAAGGGCGAAAAGUACCAUGAGACCACCAUAUGCCACUUCAAGUUUACUCCGCAGGAUUAA